AUGGCGGCAGAGGCGGUGGUUGUUGUGAGAAUACAAUGUACUGGCAAUAAUGGUGACGGAUGUUGUGGUGUUGGCAUGGUGGCGGUUGUUUUGAUCGUGGCGGUGUUUGCGGUGGUUGCAGUGGUGGUAGUAUUAGCGUUGGUCGGGGCCACUGAGCAAUACUUUAUUCAAAGAGGUUCCCUGAAAUUCUGCAGAGGAAUCAAACACACAACGUAUUUGAUUGGGCUUUUACGGGUGAAAGACACCAAAGAUAGGUGCUGUUCUCAGACAUGGAUCGUGACGAAUAGUAGCCUGGUCUCCUAUGAAUUACACGAAGGCAGUGAAUGGAAGGAAACUAACGAUAUGUUUCUUCUUGUAAUCGUUGGCCUUGGCUGCUCACCGUUCUUGAACAUUUGUUGGAAGCUUGGCUAUCAUCUCUACGGGAAUCCGCUCGUCUGCGACUGCCAUCUGCGAUGGCUCAUUGUGACAGCUCAGGCCGGCGAGUCCAAUGUCACAGUAACGAACGCUAAGUGUAGUGAGCCCGCGCACCUGGAGGGGCGUGGAAUAAGGAACGUCACCCUAGCGGAUAUCAAUUGCAGCAUGUUCGAUACGAUUGAAAUAUUAAAGGCCCCUAAUGCCACAUACGAUGUUGAGCCCAAUAUGACGAUUGUCAUUGCCAUAGACGUCAUCACGGACCCAGACUGGCAGAACCAGAUUAGCUACAAAUGGUUCUGGUACUUUCCAGUCACCACGGCGACCGGUAACCAGAUUAUAGAGAAGCAGCCACUCCCAGCCACCUCCAGCUAUGACAAGUACUUCAAGCUGUCACUGUCGGGCAAGGAGCUGACCUUCACCAUACCCGACGUGAAAACACCUGUAAUGGCGGACAAUACUGCCGAGUAUGAUCUCUAUCAGGACCUCACGGAUGACAGGCUCUUCUCCAUCAAUAUCAGCCACAAGUUUGACCAUCGAGUGGUGAACUUCACUGUGAAAGGAAAGGAGCUGGACAUAAAAAAGGCGUCAACAUCCCAAGCGCAUGAGUACAUCGGCAUUGGCAUCGGCAUUGGCAUUGGGCUCGGUGUCACUGUAGCAGUUAUUAUCUUCAUAAAACAGAAACGCAGGAGGCAUAACACCCCCAGCUCCCCGAUGGCAGACCCCGCACUGACUCCGAUAGAUGCUGGAAGAAGGAAUCAAACACGGUCAGACAGAUUUCUUAUGUCCAGCGAUGUUGAAAACAUUGCAGACCGUGAUGUUCAUAAUUCAAGCGAUUUUGUUGAGGAAGAGAAUGUCUAACCACCCGCAAUCAAGGAAGCCACUAGUAGCACGAUCAAUGGUAAAUUAAAACCAAUGACUACACAGCUUUCAAGGGGAAUAGCAAUACCAUUGAAACCAAAGGACUAGCCGUUACGUUAAUCGAGUGUCACUUGCAACAUGACACCAGUGCCAACAGAGCUUUCAAUGGGUAUACAUGCCCUUCGCACAAAACAUAAAUGACACCACAUUUUUCUAUCCACAAUUAUGCAACCUUGUUAAGUAGGGAGGAAUAGUUUAAUAAAAAUUAAAAAAAAACAAUUUUACUUAGUUACAUUCGUGUAAAUAUACAUUACGUAUAACAAUAACAAUACCUAAUUAAUAUGUAUUUGUGAAAAACAUGUUUAGAUCAAUUGUAUUCUCUCAAACAGGAAUCUGUUUGUAUAUAUGUGUGUGCGUGUGUGUAUGUGUGUGUGUGUGUGUGUGUGUGUGUGUGUGUGUGUGUGUGUGUGUGUGUGUGUGUG